AUGAACUACAUGCGUUUCCUUGGAAUAGGUAAAGAAACAACUUCAAGACUUAGAAAUGUAGAUUAUUUGCUGAACAAUACCAAAACUAUAGUGGCAAGAUAUAUCUAUAUUUUUAGCGGAGAUCAUGGAAACAAUGCUAGAGAUGCAACAAUAAUUGAGUUCAGAGAACGAACUCUUAUAUCUCGAAAUAUUCCAAAAGAGGAACUCGGAUCCAAGACACGCGACUGCCAAGCGCCACGGAGAGUCGUCAAAAGACCGACACGUGACCUCUUGCAGGAAACUAGGAAGCGAGGUCACAACAUCACGAGGCAGAGAGUCCUAUCGCCUACCAGUCUCAACAUCUCCCUUUUGCCAUUUCAUGGUCGUUCAGGCGAGAUUUUGACCUUCCUGUUUUAUAGCGAUACUUGUCAUUUUAUGGAGAAGGAAGUGAACGAUGAAUGCGAAUUGCACCAGAAGCUUCUGGUGCCACCUGCCAUCUCUCCUAGCCUUGCCAGAUGGUGUGCCACAAACCCCAUGAGGGCUCUAAUACAAAUCUUUCUAUACUCACACUCUGCCCCACGCCUGACCAAAACGCCCGAUACAUAUGACUCACGUAAGAUUUGGAAAAAGAAAGUAACAAACAAGACAGCAGACAUCACUCGCAACACUGUGCAGAAAUCUGUGUGUGUUUUGAGCACACUGCCCAUAUACGGGUAUAUUCAGGAACGACUACAAGGUACAACAAAGGUGUACUUCAAGGGAGCCGACUUCUCAGAUGUCCAGGACCUUCAGGGUCUCUACCACGACCUCAACACAACCAACUGGAGGGACAAACUGGACCAUGGGGUGUUCGUGUCUGAUGCGGUAAGAAUCUUUGGCCGCAACAUCCUGGUCCUGUUUAAGCUGAUCCUGCUGGAGCGUCGCGUGCUCUUCUACCACAGCCCUGUCGGCCCCCUAGUGCGCACUAUCACUUCCCUCCUGGCCCUCUUCCCAGAGAACUUCCCGAAUGGCUUGGCACAUGCGGCUUCCCUCAGGUCUCGAGGGCUGCUUGGCCUUGCCACCCUGCAACCCAGUCCCAAUGAAGCUGAUUAUAUGGAAGUGUGUUAUGCAGAGGACGCCCUGGCUGCUCGGGUCUCCAGCAAUGAGGCGGAACCAGGAGAGUCAGAAUUGGUUGGGGACGCCCUGGACAACGCCUCGGCACACAGUGGAGAGGUGUGCAUGCAAGUCGCAGAGAUGGCAGCGGAGGCCGAGUCCCUUGGGGAGAAGAAAGGAAGUAACAAAAACUUAGAGAAGAUGGAGGUGUCUGAUCUGGAAGAUGGAACCGAACCCACCAAGAUUAUUAACGUCACCAACGAAGAGAGCCUGAACCUCAUGGGGUCCCCUCCAGAUGCUGUUGCAUCGCCCUCAGAUGACCUGAGUGAGAGACGGAGUAGCAACUCGAGUCUCACGUCAGUUACCUCCCGUGGCUCCAUCAUGUCACCCCCGGAGUUCAACGGGGGAGCGGGAGGCACCUCGGCAGCAAACCUGACCAGCAAGAUGGUAUCACUAAAGGGCCGACUGAGUGGGGUCUUCAACUACUGGACUGGGAGGGAGAAGUCACCCACACAGGAAAAGCCUUCCUCGACAGCAACCCCAAACCCCUCGCCAAGUGAGCCAGGUGACGAUGUACCUGUCUCACCAACGUCUGGGGUGUCGCUGGGUCAGGAGCAAUUCACCUCAGAGCCAGAAGCUCCCCCUAUCCCCCAGCAGACGCCCCCAGAGAAAUUCGCUUCUCUCAUAUCCUCUGACUGCGGCUUGCCGUUGGAGAUAUUCACAAAGGGCAACUUGCUCCACCCUUACCUGUCUCUGCAGUAUCUAGAUGUGCUGACUGCUCCAACCUCCAGAGCCUUUCUGGUGGGAGCCUCAAAUGCUCUCUUUGUGCACAAGAAGCAUCUGUAUGAUGUGCUUGUACAGCUUGAUGAGGGCAAGAUAGAGAUUCCAGAUCCGGAGCUGAAACGCCAGUUAAGCCUUUCUACAGAAGAUUUGCGCUUUGCUGAAAAUAUUGUUCGCCAAGUUGAAGCUGUGAGUGCUACCCUGAACACCAAGGCUCCCAACGACAUCUCUCCAAUAAGCAACCAUCCCGAUGUGUUCCUGGAGGGGGUGGGUUGGGUCGGGGGAGAAGAGUGGCUACGCUAUCAGUUCAAGGUUUAUCUCCUGUCACUGCUGCGGUCAUCUGUGUGCAGUGAGGGUUCUCGUGAACAUGAGGUCUUCAACAGCAGCUUUGUUACCUCUUGGAAAAGGAGUCAUAACUACAGGGUGUGGAUUGCAUCUGGCACUUACCCAACGCUGAUGGAGUUGAUGCCCGGGCACCCUCAUGCCGGAAACCUCUCCAUGACUGACAUGAGAAUUCGGCUGUCACACACAAUCCAGGGCCUGGACAAAGGAAGACGGAUAAACCAGACACUUGCCACAACAGGCACAGCAGUUGUAAAAACCAGGGAGGCUGUUGGAGGCGCUCUGACAUCAGCUAAAGGUGCCAUCACAAACCUGUGGUCAUCAUUCACAGCCAACAACAACAACGCUGGCUCUGGUGACGAGUCAUUCACAGAUGCUGCCAUUGAAGCUACAGAGUCCCAAGCCAAUGCAGAGAAGCCCAAGGAAGGGGACACAGCAGAAACUGCACUGGAAGCAGUAGAAGGCAGCACAUCAGUGGUGAAUGCUGAUGAAGAAUUAAGAAACAAACACAGCAUGACGGGGACACUGUCUACUGUGACAAAUUAAUUGUUAUUUGCACAAGAUUAUCAUUAUUUUGUUCACUUUUCAAGGGCUUCAUGUUUAUCAGUGAAUUUAGAUUCAGUUUGUGACCAUGUUGAGGAGAUUUUUAUAUAUAUUCAGCAUAAUGAAGUAUUAUUAUUAUAAUGGAUUAUUUAUUGAUAUGGUAUUAUAUUUGUAUUUUCUGGUACGGAUUUCUGUCAUUAUGUGGAAAGUCAAUAUGAAGCACAU